AUGCCUGAUGCUACACUCAAUGAAUCGGACAACAUGCCCCAGCAAGACAUCAAUCCAGAGGACAUCCUAUCGAACAAGUCUAGUGGUGAUACUCUCAAAGAUAGUGAGACCACUAUUUCUGAAAAGAUCAUACCAGAGCCUAGUCAAGAUCAACCAGAGCAUCCUAUAUCUGCAGAGACUGAUAACAAGACUUCUCCUUUCAAGGAAUGGAACGAAAAUCCAACAGUCGAGGUCAAUGCUGAUGAAACUUCCUCAGAGGAAGAAGACUUUGAUUCUGAAGCCAUAAAGGAAGCAGAGGCUGGUGGAUCAGAAUUGCUACCUGAAACCUCGACAUCGAAACUGUCAGCCAGCCUAGGGCUCGCUGAAGAAGAAUUCAUUUCCUUGCAAAUUCAUGAUCCUGAAGCUGCUCUAAAACUUCUGAUUUCUAAAACAACUACUGAUCCCGUAAGUUCGAGUGGACCCAGUAAUUCAACUGCUUCGGACUCAGAAAUCAAUUCUUCUGUUCGACAAGACUCUCUGAUUUCAAAGCUAUAUACUGAUUUCAUCAAUGGAGACAUCUUGGCAUCAGUUGAGGAACACCCUGCUAAUGCUUUCAAGCAUAAGUCUUUUUUGAACAAGUUGCAUAAUCCUCAAACUGAUCUCGAAACCUUGGGAAAAGUUAUCCAGCUCGAAUCGAUCUUGGACCAGUUUGCUACUACAGUGCAAAACCUGAAACGCAACUCUCAGAAACUUGUUGGUCAGCAGGCUGCUUAUGAUGCAUUAUUUGAGAAGGCCAUGGCUGCUCAAUCGAAAGUUGACCAAAUGAAAGCACAAGUUCAACAACCAGGCCUUGGGAUUCAAGAAUGUACCAACAAUAUUUCCAAGUGGGAGUCAGAAAUAGAUUCUCUUCGAGCUGAGAUUGCUGAUCGAGAGAAAAAGAUUCUUGAAGAGAAAGCAAAGCGUACAAAGAUUGAAGAAGCUGUUGCUGCUACCACUCAAGAAUCUAUCCGCGAAGCUGCGAAGGAAGGUAUUUCUCACUUCAGUGCUGCCACUGUGAUCAAAGAAGAGAUCAAAUCUCUCGAAGAUGCAAUCAAGAUCCAGACUGUCGAAGUUGGCCUUAUUAAGGACCAUUAUGCUGAUUUCAAAUCUAAGUGUUUGUCUUAG